AUGCAUUUGAAGCUUGGAAAGGUCCCAACGGUCAUUCUUUCUUCCUCUGACACAGCAAGACAAGCUCUAAAAGACCAUGACAUCGAUUGUUGCGCCCGUCCUCACUUAACAGGGCCAAGAGAUCUCUCUUACAACAAUCUGAACAUUUGUUUCUCUCCUUUUGGUGAUUACUGGAAAGACACAAGGAAGCUCGCUGUUCAAGAACUCUUCAGUAAUAAAAAAGUUCAAUCAAUUCAGCCAAUCAAAGACGAGGAGGUCAAGAAACUGAUGGAUUCAAUGGCCGAAUCAGCUUCUCAGCAAACUCCGGUUAACUUGAACAAUACGUUACUUACUUUAACCGCUAGCGUUGUAUGUAGGGCAACGUUUGGUGUGACUUUCGAAGACACUCUACUUAGCAACAACAAGUUAGGUAACAUAGUCCGUGAGGCAUACGAGAUGAUGGCAAGCUUCUCUGCCUCGGAUUAUAUUCCGUAUGUUGGUUUGAUCGUCGACCGGUUAACGGGUUUAAAAGGGAGGAGAGACAAAAGCGUGCGAGAGCUCGAUGAGUUCUAUGAGCAAAUGUUUGAUAUGCACAAAGAGGGAAAAGAAAAGGGUGUGAAGAUUUCGUGGAUCUGCUCUUGA